CAGAGAACACUCCUAUAUUAUAAUGGGUGCCCCACAGUUUAUUAAUUUGUUCAUAAUUUAAUUAGUUUACAUCGCUCGUCGUGUAAUGGAGGGACAGAUAACUAGAGAAGAUGCCUUGUCACGGGAAGGUUACAGACAUGCAUGUCACAUUAUGCUGUACGGGGACUGUAGCGCCAAACUCUUCGGGAAAAUCCCCAUCAAACACAUAGUGCUGAUGCAGAUGCGCUUUGAUGGGUUGCUAGGUUUCCCAGGGGGAUUGGUGAACCCCUCGAAAGAGACUUUGGAGGCAGGGCUAACCAGAGAGCUUCUUGAAGAGGUGGGCGAGGCUAUACCAGUGGGCGUGGAAAAUCAUGUAUCCUCCUGCCUUGCUACAUCCUGCCCGUGGCUAAUCACACACUUCUACAUCAAGAAAAUGACAGAGGCAGAGCUAAGAGAAAUAGAGAGAGCAGCAGUAGCUACGGCCACAGAUCACGGUUUGGAGGUGUUGGGUAUGGUCAGAGUACCGCUCUACUUCCUGAAAAACGGAGGUGGUCUUCCUUAUUUCCUGUCUCAUUCGUUCAUCAGUAACUCCCGGGCUCAGCUGCUCUCUGCCCUGCAGCGCUGUGGUUUGCUGUCCCAGGGGGAGCUGGAGAAGGCAGUGAGACAGGCUGAGCAGAUGAGACGCACACACAGUGCUGAUCCGCACUGACACGAGUUUACACAGCAGUGCCUUUUCACCUCAGGCCCAUGAUGCUCACACAGUAGCCCAGCCCCCAAUGCCAGAAGGACUACCCCAUUUAUUUAACCUCAACCUGGUGAACAUUAUAGCAUAAAUAAAUAGCUUUUUUAUUUAUUAUAUGAAUUGAUGUCAUUUAACCAUGUAACAUUAAUUUAUUACUUAUGCAUUAUAUGUUGCAUGAGUAAAUUGUUAUAUGAUCACUUUUUGUUUCCAUGCCAAUGCUACUAUUUAAUUCUGUUAAUAGUAUAGAAGUAUUAACAAGAGUUCACCAAGUUACACAAAUAAACAG